AUGUUUCACAUCGCGCGAUCCAACACGCCACCCGAUGGCCUUCUAACUGAGGAGGAGCUGAAGAAUUUUCUCCAAGGAUCUGAAACGGAGGGCUAUUCGGAGAAGCUUGAGGCGUUUUCCCUUUAUCGUGACUUUUUGGUGCACUGCCUUGAGGUGAAACCAGAGGACCGGUGGACGGCACAGCAGCUCUUGAUGCACCCAUUCUUUCAUCAAACGUUCUCCAAGCACCUGCGUUGGUUGCCGCCUCAGCCACCAAUAUCGGUUGACGAGGCUUAA